AGGUAUGGUCUGAUAGAUUUCAUAAGAUGAAGCGACGAUCACCGAAAGGGUAUUCUAAAAACAACUCCCCUGUGAAGGUGCGACGAGCGAAAAUUGGAAGCGAAUCAGAUUUUGAAUCUAACGUAAAUGGCUUGGAGAAUGGAAGCAAGUCGGAGUUUGAUUUGAAUAUCAAGCUAGCCUUGACUGAGAUGGCACGCUAUAGUGACGAACCCGAAGCUAUUGUAAAACGUGAAUCCAUUGCUGACUUCAAACCCAUUUCUUUGGAAAAAGCAAAGUCUGGAAACUACUCUAGGCCUGUUCGCGUUUACGCAGAUGGUGUGUUUGACGUGUUUCAUGCUGGACAUGCACGUAUGCUGAGACAAGCGAAGGUGCUGUUUCCACACACCUAUUUGAUUGUUGGAGUUUCUCCGGAUCAUGAAGUGCAUUCAUACAAGGGACAAACGGUUAACACAGAAUGGGAGAGGUUUGAGGCUGUACGCCACUGUCGUUAUGUUGACGAGGUUUAUAAAGGAUGUCCUUGGGUAAUAACCAUGGAUUUUUUGGAAGAUUUAAAAAUCGACUUUGUUGCUCAUGACGACUUGCCAUACACGAGUGGAUCUUCUGGUGGAAGUGGGGACAUUUAUAAGUUUGUUAAAGAGGCAGGUCGUUUUGCUGCCACUCAAAGGACCGAAGGAAUCUCAACUUCUGAUCUUAUAUCCCGAGUUGUUAAAGAUUACGAUCAUUAUGUAAGAAGGAACUUGUCUCGAGGUUACUCGAGAAAAGAUAUGAAUGUGGGAUUUUUGAAAGAGAAAGAAAUAAGAUUCAAAGCGAGGAUUGAAAGAAGUCGAUCGUGGGUAUCCUCAGUUGAGACAAGAAGUCAGCAGUUGAUUCGAAGAUGGGAAGACAACGCGAAAGAUUUUGUUAGUUCAUUUCUUGAUGGUUUCCAUUCUGUACAAGCUGCCAAAAAUAUAUGGAACAAAUCGAGAGGUGUUUUCAUAAAAGGAACUCUUAAGUCUCCGGAAGCAUCUGGGAGCGAGGAUGAGAUGGAAGUUAGUGAGGAUGAGAAUGGAGGUAGCAUGAUCAGUGUUCGUAGCCUGUCUUCAUCGAAAUCAAGAGAGACUGCCGCCAGUGGAAGAAAAAUCCUUAAAGCAAGGUCACGAUCUACGCCAACUCCACGUACUAGCGAAAUCAAGUAUUGUUAAUUCGGACCGAAGUAAUGUUCUUCCAUGUAAUAAUUUCAUAUCCUUAGAUACUUAUUGGCAUAAUCAGCUAAUUUGUUUUUUAUUUAUUGAUUCUAUAAUAUCAAAUGAAUAAUCUUAUUCAUCCAUUUCGGAAAUAUAAUUGCAAUUUUUAAUUUGGGAUAAUUUGUAUUGAUUAAAAAAUGCAGUACGACCAA